AUUAAAUUUGGAUGCCAAUCAAUUUGAAUUCCUUACUUUAUAUAUUAAGACAUGACGUGGAAUAACUCAGGGAUUCCUAAAUCAAUGUAAGAACGAUGAGAUGAAGAAGUCCUUGUUUUUGAAGAAUCUAAAUAUUUGCUGAUUUCCAACUACGGCUACGAGAAUAUGUUUUUCAAAUUGCCCGUGAACGCUAAAAAACACACAAGCCCUCGCCUCCCAAUCAAAAACGUCGAUUAUCUGGAGGCAUGCCAUUAUUCCAUUUCCUUGACGAAUGUCAUGAAUGGCCAGAAGAACGAUUGCCGCGCUGGUGGUUCGGUGGCUUCUCGUCCCUCUGUGUUUCCUUCGCAGUGGCUCCGAUUGAUAUUAUAAAGACGCACAUGCAGCUACAGCUAAGAAAAAUGUCUAUUCUCGUCACGAUCCGAAAAAUAUACAGGUUGAAGGGAUUCUUCGGCUUCUAUGAUGGCUUCUCGGCUACCAUCCUGAGGCAGAUGUCCUCUACCAAUCUCCAUUUCAUUGUGUAUGAAUCUGGAAAGCAUCUAAAAUACGUCGAGGAGCAUUCAUAUGUUGGAAAGAUUAUUUUGGGCUGCGUGGCUGGUAUGAGUGGUGCUGUAUUCGGAAUACCAACGGAUCUGAUUAACGUGAGGAUGCAGAGCGAUAUGAAAGUGCCUAAGGGCGAGAGACGCAACUAUAAGCACGUCUUUGAUGGCCUAGUUAGGAUUCCCAAGGAGGAGGGCUGGAUGGCACUAUACAAGGGUGGAACAGUAGCGGCGGUAAAGACAACCCUAGGCACUUGCAGUCAGAUUGCACUUUACGACAUUAUAAAAACAGAAGUGCGAGGAAAUACUUCAGUAGGCGACGGAAUGCCCCUUCAUAUUCUGACAUCGUUAGUGACAUCGAUCAUUUCGUCUUUGGUCACUCAUCCCUUAGACGUGGUGAAGACUCUUAUGAUGAACUCAAGGCCCGGCGAAUUUCGCAAUACAUACCACGCGUCCGUGUACAUGAUGCGAUUCGGCUUGACGGGACCCUUUCGCGGAUUGCUACCGACGAUUGUGCGAAAGGCACCAGCCACCACGCUGUUAUUUGUUAUGUACGAGCAGUUGAGGCUCCACUUCGGAUUGUGCCCCAUUCAAUAACGACACCAAAAACAUUUUUAAUUUGUUUUAUACCAUAAAAUACAAAUUAAUACAGCCAUUUGCUUUUUUACACAUGUCAAAUAAGACACGAAAUCAAAGAUAGAUAUAAGCUAAGAAAAUAAAAUAUAAAAGCCGCCCUCUAAGCA